AUGAAUUUGAAAAAAUCGAAAAUUUUUAAAAGGAUACAAAUGUUGCAUCGAAUGUCCAAAGAAAAGUUGCGGCAAGAAAAGCAACAGGACGGAUUGUUUUGGGCUAUGGAUAAUGUCAUAGGUGAACGUAAUGGUGUUGUGACAGAACAUGUGGGAAAUUGUGAUAUUAUUGGUGAUCACAAAACAAAAGAAGAAGAAGCAGGAGAGAGCGAGGAAAUGAUGCCAUCGAUAAGCUCCACCAAGGCCAGCAUUUGCAUUAAUCAUUCUCGUUAUUCGAUGAUUGGUUCCAUGGCCAAAUCGUUGGGCUAUAAAUUAACCAAGGAUACUAAAUUAUGGAAUAUCAUGUGGAGUGAUUCCCUGCCGGGUGUUGAGUUGUACAAAAAUAUGAAACGUUUCCAGCAAAUCAAUCAUUUUCCCGGUAUGAUGGAAAUUUGUCGCAAAGAUUUGCUGUCGAGAAAUUUGAAUCGUAUGCUAAAACUGUAUCCGAAGGAUUAUAAGAUAUUCCCCAAGACAUGGAUAUUUCCGGCAGACUACGGUGAGGCCAUCAAUCAUGCCAACAAUAGCUCCAAAAUAAAAACCUUCAUUUUAAAACCCGAUUCGGGGGCCCAGGGACGUGGCAUUUGGUUAACGAAUGAUUUGAAAAAUAUCAACGCCGGUGAGCGUAUGAUCUGCCAAACCUACAUCUCCCGCCCUCUACUUAUCGAUGGCUAUAAAUUUGAUUUACGUGUCUAUGCUCUGAUCACAUCCAUUGACCCGUUGCGGAUUUUUGUCUACAACGAAGGUUUGGCACGAUUUGCCACCAGCAAAUAUCUCCACCCCAGCCUAGAAAAUAAUCGUAAUCUGUAUAUGCAUUUAACCAACUAUUCGGUGAAUCGUCGAAAUUCCCAAUAUGACCUGUGUGAUAAUGACGAUUGUGGCAGUAAGCGUACCUUUGGUUCCAUCAACACAUGGCUGAAGUUACGCAAUCAUAGUGUCCAGAAAUUUUGGUCCAACAUUGAUGAUAUCAUUAUCAAGACAAUACUGAGUGCCUGGCCCACACUGAAACAUAAUUAUCAUGCAUGUUUUCCCAACCACGAUCGUAUUCAGGCUUGUUUUGAAAUAUUGGGUUUCGAUAUACUAAUGGAUUCAAAAUUUCGCCCCUAUAUUCUGGAAGUUAAUCAUUCGCCAAGUUUUCACACCAAUGAAAUGGUUGAUCGUCAGGUAAAGCGGCCGCUGAUAAGGGAUACUUUGGCUUUGGUGAGUACGGCGUUGGCGGAUAAAAGGCAGAUAAUGCGAGAGGAUCGUAAGCGGGUUAAGCAGCGUCUGCUGAAACAAAAAACCGAAAAUAAUGGGUAAGGAGGAGGCCCCAAAAAUGAUGAUCACUCCGCAAAAGACCUCUCCUCUCCCCUGAGUGCCAUAUCACAACAAAUUGCCUGGGAGGAAAGUCAUUUGGGCAAUUUUCGACGCAUUAUGCCACCACAAAAUCAACAACAACUUAAUUACUAUUCGCAAUUCUAUACCCAACAAAAUAAGGCAUCGAUUUAUGCCGAAACCGCUGCAAGUAAAAAACGUGAAGAAGUUGCCAAAAAACUUCGCCUUCAAUUGGAGGAGAAACGACGCAGACAAAAUGAUCUGCUAACUGGUAAAUGUAUCAAAUUUGAAGAAAGACGACGUCGACGUUCGGCAUUACCACGACGUCUGGUGGAACGUCAACGUUUGACAUUGCUAAAAAAUCAAGCGCAUUGGACACCAGGUUUUAUAUCGGCCGGCGAAGAACGUUUACGUUUAGCUUAUAUGCAAAUGAGAAAUGAUUUGCUGCGGGAUAAUAACAUUUUGGAAAUGAUAUAUGGCAAUCUCUUUAAAGCGGGUGUAUUGAGUAAUAGUGAUAUUAUUAAAUUUCCCGAUCUGUAUAGGAAUUUGGAAAAUGGUCAUAAUAUUGAGAAAAUUGCAUAA